AAAGCGAAGAUAUAAAAGUUGCUUACAUCUUUGCUGGUGACAGGUGUUAUGGCGGACAUGACGGGUGUCCGCCAUGACACCUGUCAUGUCGGAGUUCGAGUACCGUAAAGCUCCGUAUAGAAGUGCAAGCGCAUUGAAGAAGUUAGUUACCGCCGACAUGACUACAUUCGUGUGUGGUCUAACACUCGUUCGCCAUGGGGAAACACAGUACAAUAAAGAUGGCCUCCUUCAAGGUCAAAGUGUCGACUUGCCAUUGUCAGAAAUCGGGCUGCAGCAGGCCCAGGCUGCGGCGGAGUUCCUGAAGCAGGUCCACUUCAGUCACGUGUUUGCCAGUGACAUGCUCCGUGCCCAGGAGACAGCGCAAACAAUAGCCAAAGUCAACAGGAGUUGUUCGGGAUUACAAGUCAUGUGUGACCCAUUGCUGAAAGAAAUUAGCUUUGGGAUGGCUGAAGGAGGACCGAUGCAGGUGGUCAAAGAAAUGGCUGCAGCAGCUGGUCAGGUGUUUCCAGGCUUCACUCCUCCGGGAGGAGAGACUCAGGAGCAGUGGCAGGUGAGCGUGUACGGCAGCGUCUGCAACAUGGCGUAUGCGUAACCAGUGAGGGCGGCCAUGGCUGUGACCAGGACCACGCUCUUGGAGAGGCAGAUGACCAAAGCAGAGACGGUGAAGCUGACCAUGCUGCUCAGGUAGACCCAGCGGGAACCAAAGUGGCGCACCAGGCGACUCAUGACCAGGGAGAAGAAGGUUGAGGUAGCACACUGCAGAAAAAGCCCCAGGCUGCCCAUACGGAUGCCUGUGGGGCGGGGAGGAGGAGGAGGAACUCGGCUUAGACAAAGUGUAGAUUUCCAGAUUCUGUCUGGACACCGGCUGUUGUUGAUGCACAGAAACGCAGAUGACUCAUGAUGAUGCCUGUUCCCUCGCUUGAUUGAUUGAUUGAUUUAUUUAUUACCCAACAGCUCUGAAAAGUGGUUCAAUCUGAUCUGAUAAACACUGAAGUUAAAUGGAUUUGUCGCAGCUUGGAUCAGGUCCUGACACAGGUGCAGGACAGAAUUCAAUCGCUCUGCAGAAACUGGAUCCACUUCAGACUCCAUUCAUAGUAAAACAAAACCAUUGUUUUUCCCAUCUGGAAACAGAAAUGAAUUUUACAUUUGAAGUGUUGUUUCCACAUGUGAGAUAACAUUGAAUAUUGUUCCCAGUUAGAUGAGGUUUCAUGACACGGUGUGCUCAUUUUCAGAGUCCACUAGAUGGCACUCUCUGCUCCACAAUCGUAGGCCUUGAAGACCGAGUUCAACGAAAUCUCAAACCAGUCUUCAAAUGAGGGCGCCACCUGCUGAGCGCUGACAUUGAGGAUAGUUUCUCUAACCCAUCACUAGGUUGGAAUGAGUCAGUAUCCAUCCUGUUUCCUCUAAUCCUCUGUUUCUGCUGGAGACAGCGGUACUUUCAGAGCUUGCUAUGAUGUGACCGCCAGCUCAACAGCAAAGUUACCCAUGACAUCAUCCAGGAAAGUAUGUGCAGUAUUCUGAGGUCAUCUAACUCGUGUUAGCUUGAGUCUGCCCGAGUUUUUGAAUUGUUGUAUCAUCAAACACUAUCGAGAAAAAAAACAGAUCACGGAUGAGGGACACGCACAGGCGGCCCCUGUUUACAGAGGCAGCUUGCCCUCUGGCCCCAAACCGGGUCCAGGCUGCCGCUCGGCAGCGAGCAUUUGGACGGAUUCUCCUCGACUGAUGGCAGUGGAAACUCAAAGUUAAAAUAACAAAGGAAGAACUGUAGACUCCUGGAAAAUUGGAUUACUUCACUUAUCCCACUGUUCCAGGCGAAUGUUUUCAAUUCCUAGACGACCACAUUAUCGAGCCGCCGUGUUCUGGACUUUCAUUCAUCAUAUUAUGGAUCCGAUCACAACCUUCCACAGUCAGUGAAUCAAACGCCUAACAUUGACGACUCAUGCUAGAGUCACGAAGAGUCAUGGAGAAACAAGCACGCAGACCCGGGCCUCAGCCAGCAGAACUAACACCCCAGCAUCCACUCAACCAGUUAUCAGCGCCAUCGCCUCCCCAGCUGAGGUCAAGAGUUCAGUGGCAGGGCAGAGAAUCGCUGGGAUGAAAGUAGAAUGAGGAUCAUGUUACCUUAGGAAGCAAGUAAAGCCCACUUCACAAACAUUACUGGGGUUAACAAGGCGGGAAACCUGAGUCGGUCACAUGAGAAGUGGAGCGGUUUUAUCCCACACCAAGUAGUAUCACUAGUGCUUAGAACAAAAUUGUUAUUAUUUCACGGUAGGUUUAUCAUUCCCGCCUUCGUGGUUGAGAAAGAUCUCAGUAGCCACAAAUCUCCAAGUGAGAAAGACUUACUGGACAUUGACAUCAAACUAAGAAAUUCUGAGCCACAAUGUGAUGGGCCCCUAUAAACACGGGCCUCUUCCCUUCUACAUGUCCAUCUCCUGCUGUUCAAUAAGUCUUUGUCAAUGGCAUGAAAAAGAGCCAGCAACUCGGGUGCAGUGGCAAAGAAGUGAAUGGCGGUCGUGUAGAAACAGAGAGAUUAAACAAACCCACAGACACGAAGGAACAUGUUCUCUGUGAGCUGGUCCCUCAACACGACUCUCAACGUUCCUAGUGGAACUGUGGGAAGGUUGCAGGGACGUUGGUGCAUGCAAAGAACAGAGUUGAUUUAUGCUGAAGACGUGUUUCUUCGUAAGCCAAUGUGCUCAUGGUUGAGUUGCAGAUUAUUUAAUGACUAAACAGCAGCUGAAUGUUUCAUUAAAAGAAUCGCUGCAGGGUGCAGAAAGCUCUCAAAACUCUAAAUAACCUGAGAUUAUAGGGCUCAGGCAGAAAUGACACGCAGGCUGUUCAGACAAGAAACAAACAGAAAGGCUCCCACAUUAGUAAGAAACCUGAUUUCGCUUCAAUGUGUUUCAACUAUUGCUAAAAUGUUUCAAUGCUAUUAAAGGCAAGUAAAGAAGUCCACAAACGUGUCAUUCCAUCAGCUCCACAAACGUCAGUCACACCUGUCAUUUGAAAACAAUGGGAGUAGUAGAGUUAUGUGUGAAUGUGCAAAAAAUAAACUUGAAGCUUAAACACUUCAUGACUACAGUGAAGCCGUGGUUUUGAAAACGUGACGUGCCGAUGUUGAAAUAGUCGACAAUUACCAGAAACCAAGUGGUUUGUUUUAGCAAAGCAUGAACAGAUCACCGAACUAUGGCUUUCACAUUCCCUCUGUCUAUUUGAAGCUGCUUGCUGUUUGGAUUUUAUUGAAAAGCCAACAAGCAAAACCAACACAGCAGCAGUCGUAUCUUUAAUCGAUGACUCAGCAGUUUUAUGAAGCAGCAAAUGCCAGUCCUACCUUCGUCGUACUGUUGCCUGGACAGACUUCCUGGCGAGGCGCUGGGAACGCCCUGGUACAAUCCCUCUCCCACAAAGUCGGUGAAGAACAGCAUGAAGGACAUGACCGCCAUCCAGCUGCACAGCUGAGCCACACACAGCCGCCUCAUCACUUUGGGGACGUGGCAGUAGCUCCUGUAGAUUGCCGGGGUCAUAGUCCAGCAUGUUCUCAGCAAACAUACAAGAGGUCCAGAUUUCAGCAGUCUCAACUUGCACUUGAGCAGGUACCAGCAAGGCCGCGGUACUCCACACUGGCCCGCCUCCAUUGCACCGCUCCCCGAGUCCAGCAGAGACCCGGAGCCCACCGGAAUGCUCCCAGCACUCGAUGGCUCCUCGGACACUUUCAUGGUGAUGAGCACGCUGGAGAUGAAGAUGAGGAUGAGUAAGGAGAAGAGGCACUCGGCCUGGCCCCCCAGGUAAUCUGAGAGGAUGCUGUGACUCCAGUCCACGGCGGGGAGCAGAUAACCGAUGCAGCCGCCCACGCUGACCAUGAAGGAGAACAUGGCGAAGGCUUGGCUGCAGUCCUCCUCCUCUCGAUAGAGGUCGGACAGAAGGGCCUCCAGUGGUGUGAAGCACACUUGUCCACAGAAGUCAAGCAGACCGACUCCCAGGAUGAGGAAGCCAACCUGUGGGUACAAGGAGGUCAUAGAAACACCUGCGUAGGAUCAUGUGGACCUGAUAGUUUUAAAAAAGAAACAUAGCUGACUUGGGACUGAACUGAAUGAGUACGGCUCAGAGGGAGGUCCUACCUGCAGGGUGCGUCCGCCCCAGGCGAGGCGGGCAGCCAGCACGUCAGCAUGAGGAAUGAUCAAAAGUGCCACCAGGACGCCCAGAGACAGCAGCCAGAUGAACGGCCGUCUCCUGCCAUAGCUGCUGUGGCAGCGGUCACUGGCCGAGCCGAUCAGAGGGAUGAAGAGGAGACCAAGCACCGGGCCAAUACCUGCAGGAGCCGCCCACUGGUUAUUUGACCGUCUACUACACAGAGAAUUUCAAUGACCACAGUGUUGCCAACAAAGUCACAGCAGCAGCAGCAGAUGUGGCUGCGUCUUUCAGCCCAAACCUCACACCUAAUCAUCAUCAUCAUGAUCAUCAUCAUCCUCCUCCCAAACUGCUGCUGACUCUUCACACAGCCCCUGGGGAAGCCACCAUCCCCUCAUCCUCCACAUGUGGCCCAUUCAGGCUAAUGAGAACGCACCAUGACACAUCGGGUAUUUGCCUGUAGACACGUCUGAGACGCUCUUCAGGCAACAGACUGACAUUCAGAAGUGAAACGCCUGUGGAGACUUUAAUUACCCAGACUGAAUGAAGCGUGAUGGCUCCACCACAACAUGGCAGAACCAUGGAGCGUAGAGUCAAACAUGGUGCAGCUCCUCAAAGACCCUCAGAGUUCAUUUACUUAUUUGGCUCUUCAGUCAUUAUUGGGGUCUGACUUUCACUCCAAUGUUUCACAAAGCAGGGUCAUGUGAUCUCCUAUCAACUCUGUGAUGGCUCCCGCCCCAAUAUGACAUCACAACCUUCAGGAUGAUUUCACACGUGUUGACAAUGUCAAGGAAGGAGGAGAUGAGCAGCGUCACCACCUCCAACACGUCUCCCUGCAGCUGUGGACUGCUGUCACAACUGUUCUCACCAUUGACAGCUGGAGUUCAGCUUCCAACACACACCUGGCCAGUCGUGCUUCCAAAACUGUAAUCCAAUUUUCUAGGGCGAUUUAAGUCAUCUGUUCAACUGGAAAUGCUCAGUUUUACACCACAUAGAUCAAGUCACUAACACGCACUUCUAAACACUAGGUUUGGGUGAUAUGGACAUCGCAAUAAAUGUUGUAAUUUUGGCAAUAACAAUAAUUAUCACGAUAAAUACAUUAACAUUCUAUUCCACAUGUUGGACACUACAGUGUCUCUUGAAACUGUUUUAUGAUGCAACUUAUUUGUGGAGUUUGUCUCAAACAUCAUCAUUUGUUUAUGUUUCAAUAUAAUAGUUAAAGUGUAGAGAAAUUCACUGUUUCACCUCCCUGGCAGAAGCUGCUGGUGUCUGACAGACUUCUCUGCCAGCUUUAUUUAGGCGGGUUAAAUUGAGCCGUCUGUCUGAUGUAUCUCAUGUCUCUUCAGAGUUGACUUUAACUAUGGACCCGUCUGGACACGUUUCCUAGAUGCUAUUGAAGAAAUAUUAGAAAUCAUGUGAACAAAUCAUUAUAUAAACUAUAAAGUCAGUCUUUUGUCUUGUGUGAUGAAAAAUCUUUUCACAAUUCUCUCUCCUAAAAUGGUUUGUUUUCCAUUGCCUUAUUGAAGUUUUCACUAAUACAUUGACGCUUUUGAAUUUGUUGAUGGUCCCUAACUGAUGCCGGGUCGUAGCAUCUGUGCUGCCUGAGAGAGUGUGUCCGCGAUCAGUGAACCCUAAUGGGGACGCGGAAGAGGACACCAUCGCCAAUACCGGAGCGGAGGUCCGUCCAAUAUCCAAAUAUUUUCACCACGGUGUUUCGCCGAGGCGCCAGCGGAGCAGGAGACCUGCAUUUGUUGAUGUGAACCAAGGCAGACGACCGUGUCAGAGAACCUAUGAGGACCACUCCAUCUAAUAAAAUAAACACAGAUCCAGAGACUCAGAGUCGACCAGUGUCAUUAUCAAAGGUUCCCUUUAUUAAAGAUAAGUUUAAAACCACGAUCCACGAGCCAAAGUCCACCACACUGUGGUACUCUCCACAGUGGUCAAACGCCGCGGAGCUGGAGAGCGUGGUGCGCUGUCACGUUCUUGUCAUGUUCAAGUGUGUAAGCCCAAUGCAGCAAGGGAGUCGCAUGUUUAUCGAAUUUAUCGUGAGAUGCAGAAUUGUCAUUGUGGAGAUUGUGUUUGGCGGUUUCACGUUAUCGCACAUCCCUACUAAACACCCAUCAUUAAGGUUCAGGUCUGCUCCAACAGCCGAGAACUUUGUUUAGCAUAGAUUUUAAAUUCCUCAUGUCCCUCUACAUUUUUUUUAACCAAAAUAAAAGCGCAUCAUGGUAAACUACAACUUGACAUGUCAACGAUGACGGUUUUUGUUUGCUACUUACAUUGGUGUGUUUGGUGCUUGCGAACAGAGGGGAGAUUUCAAGCGAUUCAUGAGAAUUGUGUAUGGAAAGUAACAGGAGGGGUGUUGACCUCAUGAUCAACUUUAAAAAAUCUGAUUUGAACUCCCAAGGUCUGUCUGGGGAGUGCACCACAUGGAUAUCUUUUUCUCCAGAUGCAUUUGUUUACAAAGCAAGAAGAGAGUGUGAGACAUCAGGAUGAUAAAGGAGGAGAAACCACGUCGUGAUGAAACACAGAAGCAUGUCUUGGUCCAGACCAGCAGCUACAAAAGCUCAUGAUAAAACUCAGACCAAACCGAGAACAACAAAAGUGCUUACCAAGACUCUUUGGAUUUUUAUGACGUUGGGACGAGCCGCUCUGUUUGUGCGGAGAAGAUCACGACUCCACCUCUGGCACUUAGCUCUCCUGCUGCCUUUCAAUUAGCGCCAGAUUAUCACUCUUCCAAAAACUGCUGAUUUGGCCACUGAUUUGUGUAACAACCUCAAUUAUGUCUUUAUGACCUGAAUGGGAACGGAGAGCCGCGAGCCCCGGGGCUGCUCUCAUCCUCACUGCUGUAACCUACGGAGCGCAGCACCAACUCAUGCAAACUCAUUUACAGCCAACUCUCUGGGGAGCAACAGCUUGGUGAAGGAUUAUAAUAACACUGGAGAUUGUAUUAACAACUUCAAACCAACGCACAUUUCAGUCCUGCACUUGAACAAGACACGCUGAUAGGUGAAUAGUUGGGGAAAAACAAAUUAAGAUCGGGUAUCAUAGAGUCAUUGACAUUAUUUAAACAGACCAGAAACAUGGGCAAUAUAUUUCAUCAUGUAUAGAAAUGCCCAAAGCUAAUACGAGAGAGAUCUGUCUGCAACAACCCAUCAUAAGAAAAGACCUACCCAGCACCAUGGUCAUGUAGCGCUCUUCCACCCCGGCCUCCAGCAGCAGAGGGGGCACGUACGUGAUCCCAGCUGCCACGCAGAUCUCCAGACCGCAGGUGAGGGAGUUCAGUAGGAGCAGAUGCCACUGAGACCUCCAUCCGUUCAUAUUUACGCGGGCCAACUCGCCUUUUCCACCAGCAGGGCCAGGAGAGGAGGGCUCGGGGGGGUCACCCGGCCAGGGGCGAGCAGCGGGAGAAAUGUUGCGCCCCAGUGGGCCAAAGGGGCCGUUGAGAGGCAGCAGCAAAGACACGUGGAUGUCUAAGAAGACCGUGAGAAUUCAUCCUCCACCCAUCAUUCUGGACCUGGAGGAAAGAAGAACAAGAACUUCAAACUAAAAAUCAAACAUUAAAGAGUUCCAGACUGCUUUGGUGGUGGGUAACAGUUCUACCCACUUACAUGGAUGGCAAUGACACCCAAGGAGCAUUUUUUGAUAAAAGUGGAUCACAGAUAUGUAUCGUAUCGUAGACAUCUAGCAACACGAUACGGGGGUGGUGAUACGAUACAUUGCAAUAUAUUGCAAAACUAAGUUCCGCAAUCUAUUGUAACAAGAAGCAUCAUUUUAAGGGGGAAAAUCAGAUUUUUAAACAAAUCCAGUUUGCAAAAAGAAAACGUUAGCAUGAAACACGUCGCAAAUGCAGCAGUAUAGUCAAGUAUCUAUUAAAUUAAAUACUGAUAUAGACAAUUGGAAAUCACACGAUCAAGUACUGUUAUGACAAAAAUAUCGAUACAAUAUUGUGGAAUAAAGCAUAGAGACAUUUGAGCGAAUCCAUAAUUUCGUACAUUCUGAUUAGUGACACGGAACAUGUCAAAGGGUUAGUUAUUGGGAAGCACAGAAGAAUAUUUUUCUGAGCUCAUACAUUUUAAAUGGAGACAUCACAUUCCAAUUCCUUCCUCAAACUCAUCUUCAGAAUGAAGCUGAUGAUUAUGCCAAUCUUCUCUGGGCUGACGCUCAUCAUCUAUGCUAUUAAAUUCUUAGCAGCUCUAAUGGAAAUGGCUUUUCCUAAAUUCGGAGGAGAUUAUCAACCAUUGUUCAGUUGAGUGCGUGUGAAAAAGUGCGUGAAAGGAAAUCUUGCCGAGGGAUUGGAGGGCAGGAAAAAGAUCAAGUGACAUGUGAGGACGACACAAUACACAUCGAGGUGACAAGUUUCACAGUUCAGACGAAAAAAACAAAAAAAAUUCUGAUAUGGACUAUUUUUGUGGUCUCCACCAGCAGUGCGGGAAAAGAGCAGGCAUAGACAGAACAUAGAGACAACAAGGCGCUAAAUUUGCAUUUGGUGUGACAUUUCAGUGCCAGUGUUUCCCAUCUGUUCCUUCUGAGCAUAAAAUGGGUUUUAUUUAUAAAAUUAAAAAAAAAAAAAAAAAAAAAGAAAGGUUCAUGGAAGCAGAAUAUCUGACAAUCACAUCCUUAGUCUAUGUCUACACUUUCAAAAACAAGAGCACUUGUCUGUUGGUGUUAGCCCACAGACUCGUAUUGACCUGGUGAUUUUUCC